UGUCAAAUACCAAUUGCCACUCGCAUUAGGUUAAUACGUUCAGUUUAGCAGUAGAUGAACAGUAUAUGUGACGACAAAAUAUAUGUUACUUUAUAUUCUCAAGAAGCAUCAAAGAACGUGCUGGGUUUAAUUUAAAUAAAACAUACCUUGUUCAACCCGGAACCUUUGUUAGGGAAGUUCAGGAGGUAGUUCUACAACUACGACAGGUUUGGUCGCCGGACUGUACACAAAGCAACUCUCUUAAUGCUGGUAGGGAAAGUCUGCAGACUUGGUGCAGCUGGAAGGUCCUCUUUCGCCGCAGCUUCUCUGCGUCCCUUUUUCAGCUCCAGCAUCAUGGCUAAAAGCAAGUUUGAGUACGUCCGCAGCUUUGAAACAGACGACACAUGCCUCCGGAACUGCUACAUUAUCGUAAGACUGGAUGGUCGCAACUUUCACAAGUUUGCAGAGCAGCAUCAGUUCGCAAAGCCCAAUGAUGACAGGGCGCUGGGACUGAUGAGCAGGAGUGCCCGCUCUGUCAUGGAGGAGCUGGACGAUAUCAUCAUCUCCUAUGGUCAAAGUGAUGAGUUCAGCUUCGUUUUUAAGAAAACCUCUACCUGGUUCAAGAGAAGAGCCAGUAAGCUCAUGACUCACGUGGCCUCCCAGUUUUCCUCCUCAUAUGUGUUUUACUGGAAGGAGUUCUUCGGAGAACAGCCCCUCCUGUACCCCCCUGGCUUCGACGGGCGAGUGGUUUUAUAUCCCACCAACCGUAACCUCAGAGACUACCUCAGCUGGAGGCAAGCAGACUGUCACAUAAAUAACUUGUAUAACACUGUAUUUUGGACAUUGGUUCAAAAAGGAGGACUCACUACAACACAGGCUGAGGAUCGCCUAAAGGGAACGUUAGCUUCAGAUAAAAACGAGAUCUUGUUCUCAGAAUUUGACAUCAACUACAACAACGAAUCCGCCCUUCACCGGAAAGGCACCGCUCUCAUUUGGGAAAAGCGGGACGAGACUGUUAGCAAGCGCAUGAAGCUACCAAAUGAAGAGGAGAGGGAUGUUCCCGUCACACGGAGCAGGAGAAAGGUGGAGGCCUACCACUGUGACAUUAUUGGGGACCAGUUCUGGGAGGAACACCCAGAUAUCCUGAAGGACGACAACUGCUAACAGCUCGUCUUCUUGAAGAGCGAUUCUGAGCUCCUCUGAGCUGCGUAUUUAAAGCUGGCUCUCAUAGACCAUAACUGAAGAGGCACAGCUACAGCUGGGACAUUAUUUUGAAACCAGUACUGUUAUUCUCCAACAGCGUAUUUGUAAUCCUAUUAAAUCCUUUUCAUAAUAAUA